CGAUGGCUUUUUUUUUUUCGAGGGAGGAAGUGGGACAGCUACGUGGAGUUGGGGGUUAAGCUAUUGGAUAGGUAGGGAGGGGGGUGGUUGAGGGUUUGGUGGAUGUUUGAUGUGCUGUGGGUGGAUUGUACUUGUAUAUUAUGUGGUUUUGCAUGUGGGACUGGAGUUUCGGUGGGGAUUAUGUCUAUUUCAUUUCUUGUUCUAUACUGUUUUUUUCUUUCUGGGGUGUGGUUUAUGUAGGUGUGGAGGUUGUGUUGGAGUGAUGAUUAUCAUUUGUGUAAAGUAUAGUAUAGUGGUAUAUGAGUUGCUGGUGGCUGGUGGCUCUAUGUCUGGUCGGGGUACCUUAGCGGACCGCUUGCUGCAUCAACUGGGGUCCUUUGGCGGGAUGCGUGACUGUCCUGUGGUGUGGACCAGGUCCUAGUCAAAUAGAACCCAGUUAGCAGUUGAUCUGGCAUCCUUAUCUUCAUGUCUCG